UAAUGUUAGCGCAGGUGUCACAUAUAUGCUACAUUUUGGCAAUCAAAAUUGUAAACAAAUAAGAGUAGUUUGGAGUCACAAAACGAAAUCUGCCAAGCACCCCAAAGCGGAGUAGCAACAGGAGUGCCUAUUGGCUCAGAGCUCGGCAGCUGAAAUAGCUAUGCAAACAGUUUCCCUCUCUACAUUGCUUUUUAAUUAUAGACAGGAUGCGAGUGACGACAGUCCUCCCAUCGAGACCUCAAAUGCUGGAAUAAAUUUGACAUUAAGAUACUUGAUCUUGGCUCCAGUGAUGCGACGUAAAUACGAGGUGUACUAUAAAGCCUGGGUCCCCCUCUGGAACAGAAGUUGUUUACCCUGAAAAAAGGUACCUGCUCUGGACAUAACCCUGCCCAGGCUUGACAAGAGAGGGUUCCUGUCAAAUCCAAUCCGCGGGACUUUAGAACAGAGGCACAAAAGCGAGUAUUUCGCGACAAGGUGACUGACUCUGGAGCCGUGGAAGCGCAGCCGCCACCGGGCAAACAGAGGAUCUCAAGAAAUUCACGGUGAAUGCCUUGGCUAGACUGAAAUCAGGAUUAAUGAUCUGCCACUGCGAUAUAUCCUCAGCGAUUAACAAUAAAAUCGUCAAGGUGAAUAUUGAACAGACAGUGUUCCUCUAACAUUGGUGACCCCUUAAAGACAAACAGCUAGGAAGUUGAAAAAGAAAGGAAGUUAGGAAGUUUAAACAGAAGAAGGAAGAAGAAGUUGUUGGUGGAAGAAAAGAAAGUUGUGACAGGAAGUAAAAAGUUGCUGCAGGAAGCGGCCCAAAAUGGCGGCCACCGAACUUCAGCACGGUCUGGAGCAGGCUGGGCGGGGCUGGGGAACAGAGAGGGGGGAGCUUCUGGACAGCUUCGACUCAGAGAUGCAGGAAUGGGAGGACCAGCUGCAGGACAUGCAGAGGAAGAUAGAGGAGCUUUACAAUGAGGUGCAGGCUCGUAGAGGGGGAAAUGAUGUCACCAUGGGCAACGGCAAAAAUGAUAGGAUGCACCAUGGCAAUGGCUUCUGUGACCGGCCUGGCAGCCAUAGCAACAGAACCAAGGACCACCCAAGAGCUGUUGUAGUGCCAAAUCACUGUAGCAACGGUUGUAGUCACGGCCCCAAUGGUUACGGCAAACCUGUCAACCAUCAGAUUGGUGGCUAUUAUCCAAAUUGCAACGGUGCGGUGGAACUUGAAGACUUGUUGCAGGAUUAUCUUGGACAUGGUCACGGAAAGACCUGGAAGACCAACUCAGCUCUCAACAAUGUAACCCUUGUCCCACUUCUCUCUCCGCAUCUGAAGGAGAUCACUAAAGGGAGCCAGGAUCAGUCUGUGCACCAGGAUGCGAUGAAGAGGAGGCCUGUUGAGAAUGAGAGGAUUGGUCAGGUGCGGUUUGCGGACGAGGAGGCUGAGAACAGGAAGAACAGAGUGUCACACAGAAAGAGUUCCCCCUGCAGGGACCUUAACAAGCCCCCUCAUAGACAGAGAGAAGGCCCUCCCGUACCCCCCCGCUCCACCUCCCAGGUUGCCUCAUCCGAGACUUCCCCAGCGCUCGACAGAAAGUCCCACUCCCCUGGGGUCCUUGUGGACAAGACGUGUGGUAGCCCCUCAGUCCUCAGGAAGUUUGGGGCCAUGCUCCAGAAGAACGAGGGGAAAACCCUCACCGACACCGGUGUGGUGACCAACCAGGUGCCUAUCGAGAACAAGUGCCCCACCCCCGUCUGUCAGCGCAAAGAGCUGGGGGGCAGCAGGGUGCCUGGGCGCUUGCCUGCCCAGAAAUGCCAGGCGGAUUCCAUCAUGCUUACAGUGGAGAUGGAUCCCAGCAAAGAACAAGGAUCUGGUGGGGCAGUGAGAGACUAUAGGAGAGAGAGCCAUCUUGGUGAGGGUAGAGGCACCUCAAUGGGUAGCUAUGCUCACCCUAAAGGACCCCAGGCAGGGCGUCAGAGGAGGACCGAGGCCAAAGCAAGGGCCCUCGGAGGGGCAGACAGAGAGACAGACAUUGGUCUGGUCCAGGGGGAGAGGGCCAGGAGGCCAGCAUACCAGCCUAGGGAGCCCAUACUGGACUACAGGAACUUGAGUGGGUCCCAUGUUGGAGCUCAGAGGAUUCAGAGGGGAGGGCCAGUUGCAGGUCAGAAUAAGGACGAUGGACUCAUUGAGCUACUGGAUAUGCUGGACAUCGAGCACGAGUACAACUCUAGCCCCCGAGCCACAAAGACUGCCUACAGAAAUGACACACAGAAGGUGAGCCCAGCUGAGUUGUCCCCAGCAACCCCGUCACUGAACUUCUCUCGUCCUGCCCGCCCAGCCAAUCAACGCCCUCCAUCCAGGUGGGCUAGCUGUGCUCCCACUGCCUUGAUCUCUGCCCCCUCCGGUCCAAUGUCCCGCACCCCAAGCCCCUUGGCACACACCCCUAGCCCCAUAGCAAGAACCCCAAGCCCCGCCCUAAAGCAGAAAUCUUUCUGCUCCUAUUUGCUCCACACCGAGACUGCCAUCAUGUGAGAGACACGUUCCCCGACCCCCUUUUAACCCCGCCUCCCCUCCCCCAUUUUAACCCCACGGGGUAUUUCUCUGGAAAUACUAAAGACUGUUCUUUCGAUCCGUCUUGAAAAAAAGUGCUUUAAGAGAUUUUCUAUGAGAUUACUUAGAAUGACUUACACAUAUAAGAAACAAAAUGGUUGACUCAUAUUCAGUCUCCAGUGUUACUGUGGCCUUCCUUUCUCCUGUGCCAAACUUCUUUACUUUUGGUUUCUUUCACUCUCUUUUACUUCCCUUCUAUUCUUUCGUUUUCUCUUUCUUUUUUAUUGAUGAUUUUUGGAUGGCUGUGUAUAUUGCGAUACAGCAUGACCCCCUUACUUGCGAGUGCGUGUCCCUGUGUGUGUGUGUGUGUGUGUGUGUGUGUGUGUGUGUGUGUGUGUGUGUGUCAAUCCUAAUGAGUGCCAUGUUGGCUUGUUUUUAAAAGUGAGUUGGCCGUGUCCUGUCACCACAGCAGCAACAUGCUAACUGUCUAUAGUGUGUUUUACUGUGUCAUAUUAUCAAAAUAACACAUUUGAAACUGUUCAAGUAACCAUAGUAAGACAUACAGUUAUGACUAUGUAAUGCUUCUGCUGUCCUUUUUUCUCUCUUGAUAAUAAAUAAACACGACAGUGCUUUAAUAAACUGA